AUGCUGAAUAAGGCAGUGUAUGAUCGCUUUAAGAACACGCAGUUUCUGUCCUUUGACCCAGCACUGCAUGCAUUUAAAAAGGAAAUAAGAAAUGAAGUUUUCUUCGAAUUAGACGGCCCCUGGAGAGGCAUGUUCUUACCAGCCAGCGAAAAAUCUGAUGCUCUGCUCAAAAAGAGAUAUGUGGUGUACGGGUCUGGCGGGUCGAUAAGCGAGUUGAAAGGAUUUGAAUUGAAGAGAAGAGGAGAGUUUGAAGUGAUAAGACGCAUGCAGCAUGAGCUGUUUCCUGCAUUUAUGCUAGGAAGUUCAAAGAAAGAGUCGUUUGCUGCUGCUGCUGCAGUAGGUAGAAGAUAUUUGCUGCUGCUGCAGCAGCAAGGUGCUGCUGCUGCUUCAAAUGAAGUGCUUCAGCAGCUGCUUGUAGCGAGGAAGGUGCUUGCUAAGAGUGUAGCUAGCCAGUCUUUAGCGAAAUCUCUGAGCAUAACAACAGCAGAGAGGCUAGCAGAAUUACUACAAAAUAAAAGCUUCUUAACGGAUGCACCUGUCUCUGUACAUUAUCUUGUUUCUUCGCUCCCUGCAAAUCUACCCGUAGCUUCUCGAGCAAUACCUAUACAGCUGCUGCAGUCUCAGCAGCAGCAGCAGCAGCAUUUCAUGCAAAAAUGGCUGGGAAUAUCUGCUGCUGCUGCUGCUGCUGCUGCAGCUAAUCCUAAAUUAAUUAUUGACUGGGGAUAUUACUUAGAAAAAAUUGAAACGCAGCUUUUAAAGCUGCUUGUAAUCCCUGCAAUACGACAAAAUGUUGAUAAUCCCUUACCACAGCUGCGUCUACCGACUUGGAUUAAAAAGCAUCAAACAAUGCUUUCAAACAAACAAACAAAGAUUAGUCAUUUCUUUACCUCAAUAUACACCCCACGCAUGCAAGGACAGCAGCAGCAGAAACAGCAGAAACAGCAGCAGCAAACGCAACAACAGCAGCAGCAGCAGCAGCAGCAGCAGGAAGGUUGGGAAAAGGAAGGAGAGGGGAGCGAUGCUGCUGCUGUCGAUGAUGAUGCAGCAGCAGCAGCAGCAAGGCAUUCAGAGAUGCAGCAGCAGCAAGAAAAAGUGCAGCAUCAGCUGCAGCUGCAGCAACAGCAGCAGCAGCAACAGCAGCAGCAGCGCCAAGCCGAGAUGCAACUCUUUAAGACGAAUAUUCACGAAUGGAUUACAACGCAAAGAGUUAAAUGGCAAAGACUUAGAGAGGAGCUACGUGGGUUGCAGCGUCGGGCUGAUAAGAGUGCAUUUAAUUCUUCGUUUGGUUUAGGUGUAGAUACACCUCAGAAAGAGUUAAUAAAUUUAUUUUGUUUAAAUUCAAACAUCAAUAAAAAAGAUUUGCAGCUGCUGCUAACGGAGAGAUGGGAAGUCUUAGACUUCUACCGCAUCGAUCCAGAGGACGAGGGUUUAUAUUGUGUGCGUUUGACGACUCCGUCCUCUCUUUGUUUUUUUUCUGUUCGUCUUCAAAUAUUUCGACGCCUCUUCCUGCCUUUGGAUUUUGCGUUUUUGUCGCACAUGGGCAAUAUGAUGGAGACCCACACCACUGACCUACAAAACGUGAUAGACCCCACAGGCGUUUUUCUUUCUUCGGGCUUCUCUCGGGCGUCUGCUUCAUCUGCUGCUGCUACUGCUGCUGCUGCUGCUGCUGCUGCAGCUAGCAAGCUGUCUUCUGCUGCUUAUGGAGGCAGCUUUAAGCCUCUUUUUGUGCAUAUAAUUCACAGCAGCAACUCUAAAGACAAACAAACCUCGAAAAACCCCACAGAUCGCCUCUUCUGUGCUGUCUACGAACCCCACGCACUCGAUCCCGAAGCCGAUCCCAACGAUCCCAGCGAUCCCAGCAAAUUCCUCGCUAGCCCUUCUGCUGCUUUCUUCAUUGGUGGGAACGUACGAAGAGAAAUAAGCCCCUGCUUGCUGCAGCAGCAGCUGCUGCAAGCUGCGAUAGAACAGCAGCAGCAGCAGCAACAGCAAGAGGAGGAGGGAGAUGAAGAAGAAGACGAAGAAGAACAAGAGAUGGGUGGUUCUGAAGCUGCACAUACACCUGAUCCUAUUUCAGGUGUAUAUGCAACUAAGAAUACAACACAAAUGUUUGCUUCGCUCGAUCCCAAUACACUCAACAAGUUCAGGGAGACGCAUUUGCUGCAGAGGCCCCUCUGCCGCUUCUUCUGCAGCAGCAGCAACAUCACAGGCGGCAGCACUGCAGCAGCAGCAGCAGCAGCAGCUCGAGCGCAGCAAAAGGAUGUAACCCAGACACUAAGGGCCCUGGAGGAGUUCUUAUACUUGAAGCAGCAGCAGCAGCAGCAGCUAUCUUCAGCAGCAGCAGCAGCAGGCGCAGCUUCCCGCAGCCGCAGCAGCAGCAGCAGCAGCAAAUACAUUAUAUUGCUGCUAUCUACUCUAUCAGAUAACGAAUUAGGUAGCUGGGCGACAGCCUCCAGCCAAACAAAUGCAAAAAACUCUGCAUUUAGAAUCCCCGUGCUGCGCCUCGAAGCAAACGCAAACCUCCGCUCUCUUAGCAAGACAGAUUUUGCUGAGGCAGCGUUUCGGGCGUCGCAGGGUUUGCUGCUGCAGCAGCAGGAGUUGUUUGAAGCUUCUCUUUGGCUGUCUCGCACAAUGUUCUUCCCCUUGGGAUUAGCAUUAAAGGGCUUAGCGUCUGAGGACCCUGCUGCUGCUGCUGCUGCGCAGCAGCAGCAGCAGCAUGGAGGCCCAACAGCAGCAACAGCAGCAACAACAGCAGCAGCAGCAGCAGCACUUCCGCCGCCAUUAGGAGGGUUUCGAGGACCUCGAGAAACGAUGAGGGUUUUGUAUGAUAGCUUCUUCGCUCAAACCCUAAGACAGCACAAAGGCAUCCUAUGGAGCAGCAGCUGCAGCAGCAGCAGCAGCAGCAGCAGCAGCAGCAAGCUGGUAGACUUUGUGCUGCGGCAGCAGGAAACAGAUAUUGGAGGAGCUUGUUUAUCUUCUUCUGCUUAUGCUGAUUAUGAUUUAAUAGACAAACAAAACACAAAAACUCAGCCAGGGAUAUACCGCUGCAUUUGCUACGAACUCGCUAUGGGAGACUCCCUGAUCUUCAACAGCGUUCGGCUGGCAGACAAAGUUGACCCUGAAUAUUUAAGUGCUGCGGAUUGGUUGCGAUAUGAAGGAGACUCCCUUGCUGCUGCUGCUGCCGCUGCAGCAGCAGCUGCUGCUGGAGAUAGUGCUGCUGCUGCUGCUGCUGAUGAUGAUGAACAUGAAGAAACAGCAGAAGAAGCAGCAGCAGCAGCAGUAGCACAAGGGCAGCCAGCAGCAGACUUAGCGCUUGAGGGUUUCCAUUCGCAUACUCAGUUCUCCCCCGCAGCCUUCAGGGUUUUAGGGUUUGGUCUGCAGCGUUUGUUCGGGUGUCUGUAUACACUGGAGAAGAAAAACAAAACAGAGUCAUCUCGGCUGUCUCAUUUAAUCUUUUCAUCGUUUUACCCCUGGGUUUGCAACCCCAAUACUCUUUUAUUUGAUGCCGCACUAAGAGCGAAGGUGCAGCGACACGCUGAGGUGUAUUUGCUGCUGCUAUUAAAAGAAAUGACGUCUUCGUUUUCUUUUAAAGUUGUAGCAGCAGAUCUACGAAGAGUUGUUGUAUCAACGGAGCUGGUUAUUGCUGCUGCAGCGCAGCAGCAGCUGCAGCACGCGCUGCAGCAGCUGCAGCAGCAACCCCUCUUUGAAGCCCUUGCUAUAUACCCCUCCGAUUCUUUUGUUGCUUUUCUUCAACUAGAUGAGCGCGAUUGGUUAGGGUAUAGGGAGUUCGUUCCUUUCGCCAGCAGCAGCAGCAGCAGCAACAGCAGCAGCAGCAGCAGCAGCAGCAGCAGUUUGGUGAAUGAGGGUAUAUGCGACAGCCUUUCUGUUUUGAGGUGCUUCCCCCCUCCUUUGCUGCACUUCAUCCGUGCUGCUAUCGACAGAGUUGUGCAGCUGCCGCUGCUGCAGCUGCUGCAUCAAAUAAACGAGACAGAAGACGAUCUCUGUAGCAGCAGCAGCAGCAGCAGCAGCAGCAGCAGCAGGGAGUGGACAAGGGAUGAGGUUGCAGCAAAGCUGUCGGAGUUAGCUGUGGGGUUUUGGUUUGCUGCUGUUGAUGAAGAGAAGGAGCAAACCCCCUGCGAUAUCAACACAGACAAACAACAAAACCCUAAAAACAAAAAUAAAAAUAAAUCCUUUCUAAACACCUUCAGACGCCUCCUCAAUGACCCCGUUCAACUCCUGCGCAAGUACGGUUCCGCUAGUGAAGUUCGGCAGAGCAAGGAACUCUCCUUCAAGGUGGCACUGGAGGGCAAGCAGGAGUAUGAGACGCAUCUCUUCUAUUUCACUUUUGUUGUGAGCGAUCUCAUAGUUUGUAUACGGAUUAUGGCCAAAUGCCCUUCGUGCGGCUCUGCUUUGGAUGAUGAUUUGUUGGAGGGUCAUUUGCUUCGAGCUCUGCAAGAAAUGCACUACGCUUUUCUGGCCCAGGACUUUUACUGCGUCGGUUGUCGCUCUGUCUGCGUUUCGCACCUCCGAGACAAGUGCAAAUGCGGCAAACCCUUCAAGUCGCGUCUCGACCCGAAGAUUUGGGAGGAGUUCAUGCAGACAGUGCAGGAGGUGGCUGUAGAAAUGGGUUUGGAAACCCUACAAGCCUGCCUCGUGCAAAUCCAGGAGGCGUGGUGCUAG